CACGCCCCUGUGUUUAUGUGUACAGUAUACAAGAGACUAUAAUUCAUGGGGCAGCAGGUUUAUGCAUGCUAAAUAUUUUCUGCCUUCUAUUUACAAUAAUAUUUACAAACCGAUUGGGUGAACUAGACAUUUUUCGGUUUAGAUUAAUAUCCGUCUGUUGCCCAGACCGUGUGAUUGUUACCCUAACCGUUAACAUUCUGUACGCAUGCGCCCUGAUUUGGCAAGCGCUCUGGAAUCAGACCAAGAAAUUUAGAGUCGUGUUUUUCGUAAAAUUCGUGUAUUUUGUUCGUCCUUUGAUCCGCCAGAAAGGAGGUCACUUACAAAAUUCAUCUGAAUCUGCUCUCAAGUGUCGUGCCGAUUUGUUAAAGCUACUGGAGCACUUUGGCUAUGUUGGAGAUUUUACUGACGGUACCUUUUGGUAUAGCUUCACUUCUCUUACUUCUUUUGCUGUUCAGCAGGAGACGGAGAGAGGGAGAGCCUCCGCUGAUAAAAGGAUGGAUUCCAUUUCUGGGGAAAGCUCUGGAAUUCAGGAAAGAUUCCUAUCAAUUUUUACAACAGCUACAAAAGUGUCAUGGAGAUGUCUUCACUGUACUGAUUGCAGGUAAAUACAUGACAUUUGUGAUGAACCCACUCCUGUACCCAGCUGUCAUUAAGCAGGGAAAACAGCUGGACUUUCAUGAGUUUUCAGAUGCAGCAGCUUCCUCAACUUUUGGCUACCCUCCCACACGCACUGCAAGGUUCCCUGGCUUGAGUGACAAAAUUCAGAGAUCAUACCUGCUUCUUCAGGGCUCCACUCUCAACUCUCUCACUCACAAAAUGAUGGAAAACUUACAGAUUGUCUUACAAAAAGACUUCAUGCCUGGCCAUGCAGAAAGAAAAGAGUGUGAGUGGCAGCAGGAGGACCUAUAUAAGUUCUGUGAACGUGUGAUGUUUGAGGCAACAUUUCUGACACUAUAUGGACAACCCCCACACACAAACAUCGAUGCACAUUUGCAGAGGGAGAGUUGGAUAGAAGUGCUGCUGAAAAACUUUAGGAAGUUUGAUGCAAUGUUUCCUCUCUUAAUUGCCGGAAUACCCAUUGGUCUGCUGGGAAAAACUAAAUCUAUUCGGGAACAAAUAAUUAGGUUAUUCCAUCCUCAUAAAAUGGCAGAAUGGACCAGUCCAUCAGAGUUCAUACAGGCACGUUUGGAUCUUUUUGAACAGUAUGACACGCUCAAAGACCCGGACAAAGCAGCUCACCACUUUGCAAUCCUUUGGGCAUCAGUUGGGAACACUAUCUCAGCAGGCUUCUGGUGUCUAUACCACCUCCUCUCCAGCCCACAGGCAUUUUCAGUUGUGCGAGAGGAGAUUAUUGCCAUGUUUGGAGACAAGGAGCCUGAGUCCAUUCUUGGUCAGGACACACUGACUCAAGAGCAACUUGAGAAACAAAUUUACCUCGAGAGUGCUAUUAAUGAGAGUCUCCGUCUUUCUUCGAUCUCAAUGAAUAUCCGGGUAGUUCAGGACGAUUUUUGUCUUCAUCUGAACCCCCACUUCGCAGUUUGUGUGCGUAAAGGAGACAUCAUUGCUCUUUACCCCCAGAGUACACACUUGGACCCUGACAUCUACCCAAAUCCACAGGAGUAUCAUUUUGACCGAUUUGUGGAGAACGGGAAGCUGAAAACUGAAUUUUUCAAAGGCAGUCAGAGGGUUCGUUACUACCACAUGCCAUUUGGAUCAGGGGCUACUAUGUGUCCUGGACGAUUCUUUGCCAUUACUGAACUAAAGCAAUUUUUGUCUAUCAUAUUGCUGAUAUAUGACAUGCAGCUCACUGCUGGUCAACAGCAUGCCACAAUGGAUAAAAGCCGAGCAGGUCUGGGCAUAAUGCUUCCUGCAAAUCAUAUCUUCUUUAGAUAUAGGGUAAAAAAAAACACCAUGCAGAGACAGGGGCUGUAGAAAUGGGCUAUAUUAUAGGCAGUGGAGGUAGUGUGACAAUGAUAGCAGUCAUUACUCUUUCACUUGAUCAUUCCGCAAGUAACUUGGACAGUGUUAAGUCAGAGACCAAAAUGCUUGAUUUAGAGCAGUGGUUCUAUGCUUUAGGACCCAAAAUUUACAUUGGACAUUGCAGUGUUGGUAUAAUGAGGCUGUGCCAAGCUCUUGUAAAAAAAAAAAAAAACCACAACGUUUUGUUGAUUUGUAAAAAAUACAA